AUGACAGAGCGGUAUAUGCCAAGCAUCUUUCCGGAGUGUGACAAGUUGAAACAGGCAUACGACAAGUGUUUUUCUGAUUUCUUCGAAAAAUUCAUUAGUGCUGAAACUUUGACGGUUUCAAAUCCCUGCGAUCGUUUGCACGAAACAUAUCGUUAUUGCAUUGAAAAGAAUCUUGAAAAGAAUAAAAUUUAUGAUAUCGACCUCAACGAACUUCGAAAAGACGUGCUGAAUACAAAAGACGAUUUGUUGAAGGGCUCUCAAACCGCCGAUAACUAG